GGCGAGCACUUCCCUUUGUGGCGGCCGGCGGCGCCAUGGAGGCGGAGGCCGAGCGGCGGCGGGAGCAGCGGCGGCGCCGGGACGUGGCGGUGAAGGCCGAGAAGCGCAGCCCCCGGCGCUCCGCCUCCCGCUCGGCGCGGGGCAGCCAGUCUCCGCCGGCCGAGGAGCGGCGGGGCAGCCGCGGCAGGAGCAGCAGGUCGCCCAAGAGGAAGAGCAAGUCCGGGCGGAGGAGCCGGUCCCCGCGCGGCAGGAGGAGCCGCAGCCCGCACUACGCCGCCGUGAAGGUGAAGCAGGAGCGAGAUGAUCAUUGCCGGAGAGGAAACGAGGAGCGAAAGCAGAGAUACCCAUCGGAACCAGAACACAGGAGAGACAGGAGUGGUGACAGAGACCGACACAGAGACCACGCAGACAGAAGGAAGAACCCAAACGAACGGCCGGGAGCCCGAGGCCACGAGCGAGAGAGGGAUGUCCAGAACAUCCGUGAGCAGCAAGCAGAGAGGGAGUUUUACAACGAGAGAAGACGAGAGCAUCGACAAAACAACCAAGGCGGUGGUGUGGACCAGAAACCAGAACUGGGGCAAUCUGAUAACAAACCUAAAGAAAAACCUGCUGUGAAAAAAGAGAAGCCAAGCUUUGAACUGUCGGGUGCGCUGCUGGAGGACACCAACACUUUCCGAGGUGUGGUGAUCAAGUACAGCGAGCCCCCCGAAGCUCGCAUUCCGAAGAAGCGCUGGCGCCUUUAUCCUUUCAAAAACGAUGAGUUUCUGCCAGUCAUGUACAUUCACAGGCAGAGUGCUUAUCUCCUGGGCAGGCACCGCAGGAUUGCAGAUAUUCCCAUCGACCACCCCUCCUGCUCGAAGCAGCACGCGGUGUUUCAGUACCGGCUCGUGGAGUACACCCGUGCUGACGGUACCGUUGGCCGCAGAGUGAGGCCCUACAUCAUCGACCUGGGCUCCGGGAACGGCACUUUCCUAAACAACCAGCGGAUCGAGCCGCAGCGCUACUAUGAACUGAAGGAGAAGGAUGUGCUCAAGUUCGGGUUCAGCAGCAGGGAAUACGUUCUUCUCCAUGAAUCCUCAGAUAAAUCCGAGGCCAACACAAAGGACGAUGAUGAUGAUGAGGAGAAGGAGGAAGAGUCUGACAGUUAACAGCUGAGAAGGGAAUGGGAAGGGGCAGGAGAGAGAAAUUGCAGUUGAACGUGCGUUGGAGCAUCGCAGCACUGAUGCCUCUUAUUGCCUUAAAGUCCUUUUUCCGUUGCUGUUCUGUUCUCAUGGUUUAUUUUGGGGGACUUUCCUGAUUAUUCAUUUCUGAUAGUUCUGCAUAUUGGGAAAUACAGCUCUUUUUUUUGUUGGUUUUUUUUCUUUGCUUUUUCUCCCCAACAAGCAAAAGAGCACCUGGAUGUGAAAGCUCUGAUGCUGGGACUACUUCACAGGUGUAUGAAGGACAUUGCUGCCAGGAAAUGACUUAGAACACAGCUGGUGUAUUUAAAAGUAUUUUUAUUGACUGUUUUGUCAUAGCCCUUCGAAAAUGCUCCUUAACAGACAUAUUAGUUAGCAAGUGCCCCCAUGAGGUUUGUAACUCCGUAGUUUGCCAGAUUCCUUUGCCUAGUAGGAAUUCCAGGCGGGAGAAUUUACCUGGCUGGCUACUGAAAAGGUGGGGAAGUUGCCAUGCUCUGGGUACUUGCUUUGCCUUGUGAGGGUAUUUCACUGGAAUUCACCACCUGAAAAUCACGAGGCAAUUUGAAACAGAAGUUAAACUCUUCCUGGGCUUUCAGGUGCUGCCGAUGUGGUUUGGGAGCCGAGGUCGGGGUCGUGUUCCCACACAUGGUGCUGAGCUUAUGCUGCAUGUCGAGUGUCUGGGGCUGGAGCCUUUAUUUCUGGCAGCACCCCAG